AUGCCUGAAGUGAUCUCCCUCCUUUCUGACUCCGAGUCUGAAUCAAGACCGCCGCCUCGCGCAAGAGCACGGCAACGUUCACGACCCACAUCGCCCACGCGCAACACCAGCAGCCGAUCGGUAGCCGUUGACCAUGAUGACUUCUUUAAAUGGGAUGAAGCUAUCAUCCCCCAGUCAAGCUUCGCAGCCCCCCUGCGCACCACGACCGAGGAACCUGCCAGAAAGAGACGCCGCCUCAGUCCUAUCGAGCCAAGUAGCCCCCUAAGCCCGAUCCUCCCGCCUGCGCCAGAAUCGAGGGCUUCAUCACUUUCUCCGCCUCGAAAACAGAGGGGGCAAAAAUUGAAGGAAGUCGACUGGGGAAAGAGUUCGGUUCAGGUUAGCGGAUGGAAGACGUCCAAUGGACCCGACUCGCAAUUUAGUAAUUUCAGCUACGACGACUUGGGCUUAUUGGAUAGCGAUGAGAUUAUUCCGAGUUCGGUCCCCUUGGCCAAGGAGAAGGGGAAGGGAAAAGAAAAAGAAGUUGUGCCGGCGGAGGGACCGGCUAAAAAGCGAGAUCCGAUUGUGAUCGAUGAGAUCGAUGACAUUGACUUUUUUGACGACAUGCCCGGGCCUUCACGUCGACGAGAGUUGCCUAAGCCGACGGUAGCAGCAUGGGAUCCGAUUUCGAGCUCUGCCCCUCCUUCUACAUUUCACUCUCGUCCAGGCAGUCCGUCCCGCGGGCCUAGUAAGGUGCGAUCUGUGGUCAUUACCAUCGAUGAUGAUUCGGACGAUUGUCAAGCUUCCAAGAAUUCAAGGCCUAUCGAUGUUGAUGAUAUCGAUGAUGUCGAUAUCGACGACGACGGAGACGACGACAACAGCGACGAUGAUUUCCCCGACCUCAUAGAUUUGGCUUCCAGACCGCUCCCCAUAUUCGCAUCCUCCACUAAACCCGACUCGUACAGCUGCAGCUCUUCCUCAAAACCCCUCCCCCAGUCCAAACCUAAGUCCAAGUCCGGUAGCGAGCCCAAAAAGACUGCCCAGGAGAGGGCCCGGGAGCGUGAGGAGAAGGCCAGAGAGAGGGAAGAAAGGACCAAAGAACGUGAAGCCAAACGUAAGCACAAGCUCCAGGAGAAGGAGCGCGCGAAAGAACAAAAGGCCCGUGAGAAAGCCCUCGCCGAAGCCAACAAGAUGCGCACCGACAAGAAGCUGUCCACGCCAGAGAUGAUUGUCGAUCUACCGUUAUCGCUCGACGAAGCCGUUCGGGUGCAAGCCGAAACCUUACUGCGCGAUCUGGGGGUUUUCUGCACGACAUGGAACAGCCCCGUUGAGAACGUCGUGCGCUGGCGGAGGAAAGUCAAGGCGAAUUACAACGAAGAAUUAGGGUUGUGGGAGCCGGUCCCAGAGAGGAUCGAAAAAGAGGGUUUCGCGAUGGUGAUAAUGACGGCGCAGAGGUAUGUCGACAUCGUCCUUGGCGAUAGCGACGACCCAACCGUAUUCGACUCAACUGGCAUCGACGCCCACGUCACGCGCAUGCGCUCCGCCUUCCCAGGCGACACCCUCAUCUACAUGAUCGAGGGCCUCAACCUCUGGCUCCGCAAGAACCGCACCGCGCGCAACAGACAGUUCGUUUCAGCUGUCCGCUCUGGCCUCGAUAAUAACCUCGAUAACAACCCAUCCGAACCCCCUCCUUCAACCCAAUCCCGCCGCCGCAAACAAAACCCUUCCCCCCAAAGCUACAUAGACGAAAAUGUCAUCUCUUACUCCCUCCUGCACCUCCAAAUCCACCACAGCCCCAACCUACAAAUCCACCACACCACCCUCCCACUCGAUACCGCUCGCUGGAUCGCCAUAUUCACCCAGCACAUCAGCACCGUGCCCUACCGCCGACAGCGCGACGCCUACCUCGACUCAGCUGCUUCCUUCUGCAUGGACAGCGGGCAGGUCCGGACGGCGGACAGCCCGCGCGAGAUCUAUGUGCGCAUGCUGCAGGAGAUUGGGAGGGUUACCGCGCCGAUUGCGUACGGCAUUGCCGAGGAGUAUCCGAGCGUGAGGAAGUUGGUUAAGGGACUGGAAGAGAAGGGGCCGUUGGCAUUGGAGAAAGUGAGGAGGUGUGUAGGCCGGAUGGGGGGCAGGGGGGAUCGGGUGGUUGGGCCGGCGGUUAGUCGGAGGAUGUGGAAGAUCUUUUUGGGAAGGGAUGAGACUAGUAUGGAUAUUUAA